CUCCUCAGACUCUCUCUCUCUUUAUUCACGUUCAUCUCUUUCUCCUGCCCUCUAUAUCUGUGUCAUUCUUCAGCCUUCUUUCAUCACCUAUUUACCUCUCUCUCUCUCUCUUGGAGUUUGAAGAAAACCCAUAUUUUUGCUAUUUCCAAAGACGCAUAACACCAACAUCCACCCAUCUCUUUCACGCUCAUCGACGACAUGGAUUCUUCUUCUCAGAACUGGCUCGGCUUCUCUCUUUCCAACCAUCCCCACGCCCACUUGCCAUCUGACUCCUCUCCCCUCUCCCUCUUCCACGCCUUCAACUCCCCCACCCCAGGUACUGGGGUUGAUAAAACGCAAGAAAAAGAUGUAGCUGCUGGUGCAACUGACCUGUCCAUGUUCACCGCUGGGCCGAAGCUGGAGGACUUCCUCGGUGGCUCCGCCGCCACAGCUGGAGCCGCGCCGCUGGCUCAGUUUUCUAACGAGACGCAGAUGACUCUGACUAUGUCCGAGCCUGAGAUGUAUGACUCUGAGCUCAAGACCAUUGCCGCCAGCUUCCUCCGCGGCUUCUCUACUGAAAAACAAACCCAAGCCCAAAAGCAGCCGUUGGCGGCAGCCGACCCGCCGCCCAAGAAGCCCGUUGAUACCUUCGGCCAACGCACCUCCAUCUACCGCGGCGUUACCCGGCAUAGAUGGACAGGCAGGUAUGAAGCUCAUCUUUGGGACAACAGUUGCAGGAGAGAAGGGCAAAGUAGGAAAGGAAGACAAGUUUAUUUGGGGGGUUACGAUAAAGAAGAGAAAGCAGCAAGAGCUUAUGAUCUGGCAGCUCUCAAAUACUGGGGUCCGACCACCACUACAAAUUUUCCUGUUUCUAACUAUGAGAAAGAACUGGAAGAGAUGAAGAACAUGACCAGGCAGGAGUUUGUUGCAUCUCUUCGAAGGAAAAGUAGUGGGUUCUCUAGAGGAGCCUCCAUCUACAGAGGUGUCACAAGGCACCAUCAACAUGGUAGAUGGCAGGCAAGAAUAGGGAGAGUUGCUGGCAACAAAGAUCUCUACCUUGGCACCUUCGGCACUCAAGAAGAAGCAGCUGAAGCUUAUGACAUUGCUGCUAUCAAAUUCAGAGGACUAAAUGCUGUGACAAACUUUGACAUGAGCCGCUACGACGUAAAGAGUAUUGCGAACAGCAACCUUCCGAUCGGCGGAAUGUCCGGGAAAUCAAAGAAUUCUUCCGAGUCUGCUUCGGAUAGCAAGAGCAUUGACGGAAGUCGGUCGGACGACCGUGAUCUUUCCUCGGCGUCGUCCAUAACUUUUGCAUCGCAGCCGUCCACCUCAUCCUUAAGCUUUGCAAUACCCAUCAAACAAGACCCAUCAGAUUACUGGUCCAUUCUUGGAUAUCAUAACAGCUCUUUCAAUAAUGCCAAGAACAACAACAACCCUAGCGCUGCCUUUCAGAGCACCACCUCUCCCUUCAACAUGGACUUUUCUGCCGCUUCUAGCUCUGCCAAUGAAAGCAGCGGUGGGAUUUUCAAUGGAGGCUAUAUUCAGCAACAGAAUAAUGGCACCUCAAUCCCAUUUGCUACGCCCAUUGCCCUUAGUAGCAACAAUAGUUACGAGAGUUCCUCUGGAUAUGGAAGCAGCUGGAUUGGCCCAGCUCUACACACAUUCCAAACUCAUGCUAAGCCCAGUCUUUUUCAGACACCAAUUUUUGGCAUAGAAUGAGCUCACGAGAUUUGGGGGGGGGGAUGAGAAUCUGUGCAAAAUUAUGAAAGCACAAGAGGGUCAACUUUAGUUGAAUAGAUGAGGUGGACUGACAAAUCAUAAUUCAUAGGAGCAGAGCUGACGUUGUAGUACUGACUGUAGUUCUUUGUUAAGGUCAUGGUUCUUCUUUUUUGGCUUUUCCAUUUUUCUUUUUGCCUUUUCUCUUUUUCUUUUACUGACAUGAUUUACAUGGGUAUAAUGGGGGAAGAACACUUUUGUCAUCUUUCCUUCUUGUUGGUUCCAAACUAUCAAUGUGAAAAUUUUCAUUGUCA